AUGAUGCUGAAUCUGGUGGUGGCGGACGGCCCUCGACAGCUGUCUGCGCGCGAGAAGGCCGCCAAGCUGAAGAAGUCUGGCCUCUCGUUUGCCCAGCGAAAGGCUCUGCGAGAAGAGGAGAAAAAAAACGCCUGGAAGAAGGAACAAGGAGGAAUUACGACGACAAUCGAGGAUCGAAUGAAGCGACGGGAGCAGGAUAACCCUCCAGUGAGACCGAAACCCUACGAUAAGCCUUAUGAGAAGAAGCCUUAUGAGAAGAAACCCUUUGAGAAGAAGCCUUAUGAAAAGAAGUCCUACGACAAACCUGUUGCGUCUAAACCUGUUGAGGAGACCGACGAAGAGAAAUACCAGCGACUCAUGGAGGGAGGUAAGCGGCCCGAGAAGGAAAGAUGGGUGCCUCAGCGAAACUUCCGGAACAGAAGAGAUAUGGAGAAGGCUGGAAAGGACCAGUCGCAAGAUGCGACUCCUAAACACCAUGAUCGAGACGUGAUCGGUACCCGUGAAGACGGCUCGCUGAUUAGACGAAUUCGAGAAAAGACUGGAGCCAAGGGAGGUAUCAAGGGCACUUAUGUGUCUUCUAUUUUCUCUGAGAAGAAGGAAGAUCGAAUUGCCGGAGAAGAUGUUCAGAUGGAGGAUGAGGAGGAAGAAGAAGCAGAGAACAACGCAGAGUCGUCAAACGCCGCUUUAAAGGAUUCCACUACUUUCUCUGGUCUUGGAUGCAGCCAGCGACUCGUGGAUGCCUUAGUCGGCAUGCAACUGGCUAAGCCUACCAAGAUCCAGCGUGCAACAAUCCCCCGGCUUAUUCAACGAGAGCGAGAUUUGUUUGUCCAGGCGCAGACCGGUUCCGGAAAGACGCUCGCUUUUGUUCUGCCUGUUUUGGAGCGAAUCAUGUCAUGUGAUGAUGUGUCACGUGAGACUGGCUUGUUUGCCGUGAUUCUGACUCCUACACGUGAGCUGACUACGCAGAUCUACUCUGUUUUGGAGACUCUAUGUCGAAAGGCUUGCCCCUGGAUUGUUCCUGGUAUUGUGAUUGGAGGAGAGAAGAAGAAGAGCGAAAAGGCCCGAAUUCGAAAGGGUGUCAACAUCCUGGUAGCCACUCCUGGACGACUGGCUGAUCAUUUUGACAACACAGAAGCUCUGGAUCUGAGUCAGGUGCGAUGGGUGGUUCUGGACGAAGGCGAUCGACUUAUGGAGCUUGGUUUCGAGGAGACUAUCACCAAAAUUCUGCGAACCAUCGAGUGGAAGUCUGUUCUACGGGGCGAAAACUAUCUCAAGGAUAUCCCCAAGAACCUCAAACCCUUGCCUUCCAGAAGAGUCACUGUUCUCUGUUCCGCUACGAUGAAGGGAGGAGUCACUGAGCUUGGAAAGAGCACUUUGAAGGACGCCGAUUGGGUGUCUAACGAUUCUGUUGAGGAUGCUCUUGCUGAGACUUCUGUGGAAACGUUCUCUGCUCCUUCUCAGCUUGUUCAGGAAUGGGUUGUCGUUCCUGCUAAGCUCAGGCUAGUGACUCUUCUUGGAGCCCUCCGAGGAGAUAUUCUGCAGAGCUCCGAAAAGACUAACACCAAGGUGAUUGUCUUCUUGUCUUGUUCGGACUCUGUGGACUUCCAUUUCGAUGUUCUUUCACGUGACGGCUCUCAGAUUAACAAGAUGGAUACUGCCAAGACUGCCCCUCUCUUGUUGGACGAUGUUUCCACUUCUGUUUACAAACUGCACGGUUCUCUGUCUCAGCAGGCCCGAACAGCGACUCUGGCGUCAUUCGCCAAGAACUCCACUCCCUCUAUUCUUCUUUGUACUGAUGUUGCUUCUCGAGGUCUGGAUCUGCCCAAGAUCACUCAUGUUAUCGAGUACGAUCCUCCAUUCUCCAUCGAGGACCAUUUGCAUCGAGUUGGUCGAACUGCGCGAGCAGGUCAGGACGGUCGAGCUCUGCUUUUCUUACUGCCCGGUGCCGAGGAGGGAUACGUUGAGAAGCUCAAGCAGAGUCAGCAGAUGAAGAAAACCACGUACGAGAACAUUCUGGCUGCCGGAUUUGGAGGAAAGGGAUGGGACUUUGCUGCUACCAACUACCAUCUGGAUGUUGAGAGAUGGGUGCUGGGAGAUGAAACUGCUCUGGACAGAGCUCGACGGGGAUUCACAUCGCAUAUUCGAGCCUACGCGACUCAUAUUGCAGCUGAAAAGGACAUGUUUAACGUCAGAAUGCUGCAUCUGGGACACUUGGCCAAGUCUUUCGCACUGCGAGAAGCUCCAGGAAAGUUGGGCAAGAAGAAGGACCCUGAAAAGAUCAAGGUCAAUAAGGAUGGAAGUCUGGACGAGACCCAGGCCAGAAAGAAGAUGCUGGACCGGUCCAGAAAGCAUGUUUACAACUCCGGAGAGAGUGCCAUGGGUGGCUAUGUGCUUGAAUAA